AUGAGACUGACCCUAGCGCGCCUGCUAUGGAACUUCGACUUGGAUUCUCAGCCAGAUAACAUCGAUCCCCAUGACUCCCUAGAAUAUGGCCUUUGGGAGCACCGCCCUUUGAACAUAAAGCUUACUAAUGUGGUCCGCCCACUAGCAGCCCAUUCCCAGAUCAACACCGAAAAGUUCCGCAUGAAGAUGAAUGACUUCGCGGAGAAUAUCUUCAGCUCAGCUGGAAUUUCUGAUUUGACUGUCCAAGACAUUCAGCAACUGAAACAAUGGAAUGCUCACCUUCCCGGUGCUGUCGAUUCUUGCAUCCCGAAUGUCAUCCACGACAGGAUUCGAUCUCAACCUAAUGCACUUGCCGUUUGCAGCUGGGACGGAGAGUUUACCUACGCGGAGAUUGGAAGGUUGUCUACGAGACUAGCUCUUGGGCUACUCGGUGGUCCCCAUAAAGAGGUCAUACAUCCAGGAAGCUUUAUCCCAAUUUGCGUAGAGAAAUCACGAUGGGUUCCGGUCGCAAUUAUGGGCAUUCUUAAGGCCGGGGCUGCCUUUGUCAUUCUCGAUUGCAACCACCCGCCAGAACGUCUGCAGUCCAUAUGUCAGGAUAUCGACGCAGCUCUGGUGCUGACAUCGGCCAAUCAAUCAGAAAUAGCUUCGAUGCUUGCGCCCGCUUCUAUGAUUGUGGGUGAAGAAUUGCUACAAGAAGAAGAUACGGAAAUUCUAUAUGAACAUUCGCCAUGUCCCAACAUCUCAUCGAGUAGCCCCUUUUGGGCGGUAUUUACAUCGGGGUCGACAGGAAAGCCCAAGGGCGCGGUAAUUUCGCAUUCGGCAUUCAUAACAGGAGCAUUGCCGAACAUAGAGCUACUUGAGCUUGGACCGAAGUCUCGCGUGUUUCAAUUCGCCUCCUACGCAUUCGACGUCGGGGUCAUGGAUAUGCUUUUCACCUUGAUCAGUGGUGGUUGUAUCUGCAUUCCGUCGGAGUGGCAACGACAGAACGAGCUUUCCAAAACGCUUACCAGUUUACAAGCAAAUUGGGCGGCCUUCACGCCCUCGUUGGCACGCAUUCUGAGCCCAAAAAGCCUGCCGACGCUCGAAUAUCUUCUGCUGUCGGGAGAAGCAGUGACUCAGAGUGAAAUUGACCUGUGGAGUCCGCAUGUCAAGCUGAAGAUUGGAUACGGCCCAUGCGAGGCAGGUGGAUGCAAUACGACUAUCGUCCCUGAUUUAGCCCAAGCACCUGGUCCAAUGAAUCUGGGUCUAUCGCCGGCCUUGUGUUGUUGGGUGGUGGACCCUCAAGACCAUCACAAGCUCAUGCCAGUUGGUAUGGAAGGAGAGCUGUUGCUCGAAGGCCAUGCACUCUCAGAGGGCUAUAUCAAUCAGCCACAGCUGACAGCAGCGACGUAUAUCGGACCCCCCUCUUGGAUGGGCCAGCUCAGACGUUCAGGAACCGGAAAGAAGCUGUACAAAUGCGGAGACCUAGUCCGGUACAAUGACCGAUUGGAUGGAUCGCUUGAUUUCCUUGGCCGAAAGGAUACACAGGUGAAGAUCCGCGGUCAGCGGGUAGAGCUUGGGGAGAUAGAGGUGAAGGUGAAAUCCUGCUUCCCACUGGCGAGAGACGUGAUUGCGGAGGUGGUAGCAAUCAAAGAUAAAGCGCCGAAGCUAUGUGUUUUGCUAUAUUGUCCCGGUUUUGAGGCCAUCAGGGAGGACAAGGGCUAUUAUUCCGCUUCGAUCUGCGGUUAUCCAACGCCCCCGUUUGAGGAACAAAUUCAAGAGCUGAAAAUGAAGCUCGAAAGUCAAUUUCCUGCAUAUAUGGUCCCGGAUUAUUUCAUCCCUGUCACGCAUGUACCAAUGACGACGUCUGUGAAGACGGAUCGAAAGCGUCUCAGAGAAGAUGCGAUGGCCUUUUUGGGAGAAAAUGGUCUCCUCCAUCGGAAUCAGCCCGAGACACCAAACUCGAACGAUCUAUCGACAGCCAAUGAAAAGGCUUUGCAGAAGUUGUGGGCUACUGUCCUCAAUAUCUCAUCAGAUACGAUUAAUUCCCAGAGUAACUGGAUUGACCUUGGUGCAGACUCAUUAUUGACCAUCAAGCUUAUCGACUGUGCAUCUCAGAAUGGCCUGUUAAUGAGCGUCCAAGACGUCCUCCAAAAUCCUACUCUAGCCGCCCUUGCAGGUGUCGCAAAGCCUAGCAGUGUCAUCACCCGGCUGGAAGGUUUGAAGCCUUUUGCAUUGCUAGGCAAUGAUCAAGUUACACAGCAAAUUAUACAGAAUGCCUUGAGCCAAUAUCAACAUUUGGAGAACCCAAUUGCAGCCAUUCAUGACAUUUAUCGCUGCACCGACGAUCAAGCCCAAUCUAUCGAUCUUUCAGCUCACAGAAAUGGCAAUCUCACGUUGCAUAUUGAAUUAACGGAGUCGAAUCCAAAACAAUUUUGCAAUGCAUGGUGCAUGAUGGUGCGCGAGUUCCCCAUUCUCCGCACUGAGAUAUUGGAAAUUGAAGGCCAGUAUUUCCAGGUGGUUAUGAAGACCCAAGCACCCGUUAUUGUUCAUCCGUCUAGACCUCCACGCGGAACUGAUAUUUGGGGUUUCAAGAAACCGCUCCUGCAAUUGUUCUGGGAAGCGGAUUCCAAUCACUUCACGAUCUUGUUUCACCAUGUCCUUCAUGAUGGCUUCUCACUUGAACUUUUUCUACAGCGGCUAGAAGCGGCAUACGAGGGAAAUUGCCCUCCGGAAGCUUAUCCAUAUAAUCUGUUUCUCGAAUGGACAUCGACACUCAGCCCUUCUGUCGACGAGUUCUGGAAAAACAAGUUUGCAACCUUCGAUGCUUCGCGCAACAUAUUCCCCCCACUACCCUGUCCUGAGUAUAGACCCAGAGGCUCCAGCAUGCUUGAAAAGAGAGUUGAGAUCCCCCAACACUCGGUGCACCGGGCAACAGUCGAAUCAAAACUUCGACUAGCCCUAGCAGCCGCAAUUGCUUCUGCGACGAGCGACCAGGACGUUGUCUUUGGGAUUCAUAUUGCCAGACGGGAUGCCCCUCUGCCUGGAAUUGCGCACAUAUUCGGUCCUACAUCUGCGUCAGUACCUGUGCGCAUCCAGCUACAUGAAGGGGACACAUUGCAGGAGACGCUAAAUGCAGUGCAGAAGCAAGCCCUGGAAAGUAUUCCUUACCAACGCGCAGAGCUGAGCCAUAUCAGAACUCUCAGUCCGGAAACCAGAGCAGCUUGUCAAUUCCAAACGAGCCUUAUGCUCCUACCGGACUAUAGCAACACUAGAUCCGAUCGCGUCACCAAAUGGCAAUUUCACGAAGCCGAAUUUACCUUCUGGAGUCUCUGCUUUGUGGCCCAAGUUAAAAGCGAGGAAAUUGUCAUUUGGGCAUUCUUUGAUGACAGGAUGGUAACCACUUCGCAAGUACAAUAUAUGCUUGAUCGCAUGGGGACGGUUCUUCAUCUAGUUGAGGAAAAGCCGGAAACCCCCAUUGGCGAAAUCAGUUAA